AUGGACUCCCACAAGGACGAAUGCUCCGAGAUGGGCAACCUGGUUGAUGAAAUCAAACAGCAACUUGCAAUUUGGGAGGACUAUGGCCCUCAAUCCGAAACGUCCCUACCAUCUGUCGGCUCCGACGCUCGGGCUCCGGCCCUUACACCUGAUACUCCGGACCAUGUCCUCGAUGCUAGAGAGAAAAUCAUGGAUCCGGCGUUUAAGCUGCUUCGGUUAGCAGCAGGUCCAUCCAAGAUCGCCUCAGUUACCAUCUCUCAUUCUGAAUUCAUCGUGGCUCUCAAUUGGCUCUUUCCCUUCAAAAUAUUUGAUCUCGUUCACGAAGAGCCCAUUGCGUACAGGGCACAAGCAGAGUCUGCGAAUGUCCUAGUCUAA